AAUGACCGGAUCACCCCUCCCUGCUCCUCCGUAGGUGGGUUGCGGGGAUGUUGGUUGUGUGUGCGGAAACUGACAGGUAGAGAGCUGCCGUCUCCCGGUGACUCGCAGGCAAUGCAGCACCCAGACUCCGCUAUGAGAAACAGGUUAAAUAUGUUCACACAGUUUUUCUGUAGACCCGGGGUAUAGUGGCGAACGCAGGCGAACAGACCACAGCAGCAAACGGGAAAUUCAACUGUCAGCUUGGCCGGGGGAAGCCGACCACACCGCCCGGCUUCCGGGGAUUCAGGGGCCGCAUCGGUUGACGGCAGACGGUCGGUGUGUAGCUCGGGGGAAGACGGGCGAAUAUUCACAUCACCGCCGAGAUCCACCUCUCGAUUUCAGCCACUUUCGAGAUGUCGAGGAAGCUGCAAAGGACAGAGGUCUGCGCCGACUGCAGUGCGCCAGACCCGGGCUGGACCAGCAUCAACCGAGGGGUCCUGAUCUGUGAUGAAUGCUGUUCGGUCCACCGCAGCUUAGGCCGCCACAUCUCCAUAGUCAAGCACCUGAGGCACAGCGGAUGGCCUCCCUCGCUGCUGCAGAUGGUUCAGACCUUGGCCAGUAAUGGGGCUAACUCCAUAUGGGAACACAGUCUCCUGGACCCUGCUCAGGUGCAGAGCGGUCGUAGGAAACCAAACCCUCAGGACAAGGUCCAUCCCACUAAGUCAGAGUUCAUCAGAGCCAAAUACCAGAUGCUGGCAUUUGUGCACAAGCUGCCCUGCCGUGAUGAUGAUGGCGUCACAACCAAGGAUCUCAGUAAGCAACUCCACUCGAGUGUGCGGACGGGGAGUUUAGAGACAUGCCUUCGGCUGCUGUCCCUCGGCGCUCAGGCCAACUUCUUCCACCCGGAGAAAGGGACUACUCCGCUACAUGUAGCAGCCAAGGCGGGCCAGAUCUUGCAGGCUGAACUGCUAGUCGUGUAUGGAGCAGACCCCGGAGCACCUGAUAUCAAUGAACGCACACCUAUGGAUUAUGCUAGGCAAGCGGGCCAUAUAGAGCUAGCAGAGCGUCUGGUAGAGUGCCAGUAUGAGCUGACAGACAGGUUAGCCUUCUACCUGUGUGGCCGACGUCCAGAUCACAAGAACGGCCAUUACAUCAUUCCUCAAAUGGCAGACAGAGCUCGUCCUAAGUGCCCGACACAGAGUCUUGACCUGUCAGAACUGGCCAAGGCCGCCAAGAAGAAGCUCCAAGCGCUCAACAAUCGUCUGUUUGAGGAACUAGCGAUGGACGUCUACGACGAGGUGGAUCGCAGAGAAAAUGAUGCAGUGUGGCUUACGACCCAGAACCACAGCACUCUGGUAACAGAACGUAGCGCGGUCCCUUUCUUACCGGUCAAUCCUGAGUACUCUGCCACGCGCAACCAGGGCCGCCAGAAGCUGGCCCGUUUCAACGCUCGGGAGUUCGCCACGCUCAUCAUCGACAUCCUCAGCGACGCCAAAAGGAGACAGCAGGGAAAAGGUCUCAGCAGCCCUACUGACACAUUGGACCUGGGCAUUGAUGAUGACCAGCACGACUACGACAGCGUAGCUUCUGAUGAAGACACUGACAGCGAGCUGACCACCCAGAACAACAACAACACACAACGCAGCAACCGUGCCAAGAGCAUGGACUCGUCAGACCUGUCAGACGGCCCCAUCACCCUGCAGGAGUAUCUGGAGGUGAAGAAGGCUCUGGCCUCCUCAGAAGCGAAGGUGCAGCAGCUGAUGAAGGUCAACAACAACCUGAGCGAGGAGCUCCGGCGGCUCCAGAAGGAGAUCACCCGGAUGCAGACUGAGAACAGUGCGCUAAGGGGGGGCCAGCAGGCUGGGGGAGCAGCCGGCCAUGGGGUAGGGGGGCCCGGUGGAGGAGGGGGUGGCGGAGCCCACUGGUCAGGGGGUGGGAUGCGAGGAGGAGUGAGCGGAGGGGGUCUGGGUGGAUUUGUGCCGGGAGUGGACCCUCCGGGGCUCACCGUGCCCUCCUCGGUGGCCCCUCACUCCCACCCCCACCGGAGAGAGCGCCAGGCCUUCUCAAUGUACGAACCGGGGGCGGCCCCCGGCCCCACGGCCCAUGGUCCCCCAGCCCUGGACUCCCUGGCAUCCCGCCUGCAGCCCCUCAACACACCCAGCGUGAGGAAGGGUGGCCCCGGGGGUCCAGCGCCGUACGGGGGCCAGCAUUUGUCUGCGUCCACGGAGAUGGGCAGAUACAUGGUUCCUAAAUCAGAGAGGCAUGGCAGUGGCACUGACAGCGACUAUGACAACACACAUAGCUACGACGUCUCACUAAGUAUGGGACGCAGCAGCGAGGAGGAAGGUCGUGGCGAGUCUGAAGAGGGAGGUGAGGCAGGGGAGCCGGACCCCACCCUGCCCUGCACAGAAGAUGUCAUACUCAAGACUGAGCAGGUGACCAAGAACAUCCAGGAGCUGCUCAGGGCCGCUCAGGAGUUCAAACACGACAGCUUCGUACCCUGUUCUGAGAAGAUCCACUCUGCCGUCACUGAGAUGGCUUCCCUCUUCCCCAAACGGCCAGCGUUGGAUGCGGUCCACUGCUCCCUCCGCCUGUUGGCUUCCAGUGCCUCGCGGCUGCAGGUGGAGUGCCGCAAGGCGGCGCCCUCAGAUCCCGGGGCCCCCGCGGUGGACUACCAGCUCCUCACCCAGCAGGUCAUCCAGUGCGCCUACGACAUCGCCAAGGCCGCCAAGCAGCUGGUCACCAUCACCACUCGCGAGAAGAAACAGUGACCCAGCAAGUGCGUGGAUGGAGAGGGAAGAGGGAGAAGGGAAUGAUCAGUGCAUGGUUUCAGAGGGAUAGGAGGGGAUUCUGGGAGAGGGAGGACGAGGGAAAAUAUAGUCGCACUACGAGUGGGAGGAUACGAAAGGUGGAGUGACCAGGAGUGUAACGGACACAUGGAAGAAAAGAAAAUUCUGGAAGAUGCAUGGGAAGGAAUCAGAUGAAAGCAAAGAGAGAUGUUUGAUAUAAACACUACAACGAAAAGAAAAAGGAGAAAUCGCUCAAGUGCGGAAGUGAAAGUAGGGAAGGAUCCAACAUGGGAGAUACAACCUGCAGCCGCUUCACUAAAGCUGUUGGAACCAGAUGUGUUAAAGAAGCCGCUCGAACUGUGACAAAGAAACACAACGGAAGCGAUGUACAGUGAACUGGAUCCCGAUAUGUUACCGCUUUAUUUAUUCUCACAUGUCACUCGCCCUCCCCCCCUCCCUCCCCCUGUUUACUCUAAACGGGGAGGGAGGGAGACGAGCCAACCAUGACAUUCACCACACCGUCUCCCUCCGUCCUGCGAGGAGCCAGGACCUUCCUCCUCUCCUUUCCUCUCUGCCUCCGCCCUGCAGUGUGAGGUCCCUUCGUCCACAGCGCCGUCCCAGGCACAGAAGGACCCCCCCCCCCCGGAACCUAACUGGCUGCACCCCACUCCAAAACCCCACCCAGGCUCCCAGACACUCAUUUCCACCUGGGAUAACUUCUUUGAUGGGGGGGGGUGGGGUGGGGGGCUCCAGCUUUAUUCCAGCCUGUCACCCCCCCCUGUUGUCGGUGGUACACAGCAUGACGUGGCAUGUUUUCAUGUCUUUUCUUUCCUCUCUUUCUUUUGAAUAUGCAGAUCAGCUGGGUUUGCACCUCUGAGGACAAAAUGUACUUUUUACUGACUUACAAAAACACUUACACUGGAAUAAUUAUGAUUUAAUGUUAUUGUUUCAUCAUCAUGAGUAUUGUUUUUUUUUUUUUUGUAUUGAUAAUUUUACUGACUUGUCAUUUUGAUUUAACUGUUUAUUUUUAUUUCAUCGUCUCAAGUAUGAUUCUCGUUUAGUGGCGUAGGGAGAGCGGUUGGGAGCACGCGUCAACCUCUGACUGGGAUUUAGUGCACACAUGAAAAAUAACCUGUGAAAUGGUCCUCAACAUUUCUCAAGCUCUCCUUUUAUGGGUGACAGUUGAGGUUUUUUUUUUUGUUUUGUUUUGUUUGUUUUUUUUCUUCUUCAUGUUGUGAUACGUCUCGUGGCCAAGUGGUUGAACAGUUGCCAAAGGGGAGUGGGGGUUGGGGGGGCGGACAUUAGUUAGCCGAUUUUGAUUUUCUGUCAGGGCGCAGAAGCCCCCUCGGCGCGUUGCGACAGGAUCAAAAAUGCUCCCGGGCUUUUCGUUUUUGCGCUUGAUUUAUCGUACAGUUUGCCUCGUUUAACAGAGCCAGUGGAAUCAUCUCAGAAUCGCAGCUUUCUCAGUGCCAAGCGGGAUAAUUAAAACACUUGGUCCAGUUCGUUUGAAAGGUUUGACCCCUCGGUCUUGCUCGGAAGGAGCACUUUAUACUAUUGUUAAACAGCCACCAUUAUUUGCAUGUAUGUUGGGUAAUGAGUGCCAUUAAGUUAAUAUGACACACUGGUAUGUUACAGUUAAGCUUUAUGUAGACCUGUGGAAAGCACCCGAUCUUGCAAACUGGAAUGUACACGUUUUCAUAUGAGGAAGUGUGUAUGAAAUGGGUUAGGCCUCCUAAAGAGUGCUUCUUCUUUUUUUUUCUUUCUUUUUUUUGAAGUUUGCCAAGUAUUAUUUUCUCUUUUACGACUGUCUGGCAAGCACAAUCAAGCCAACUCUGUCACGGCCUGCUGAUCUGGGCCACAGAACCCUGUCACUUCUAGCUCUCUGUCUCUGGACUCUGCCAACAGGAGAGAGCACCGGGAUCAAAGUUUUAUUUCUUUUUCCGUCAAAACCUCGCGCACUUAGCCUACUGAACGUUUAAAGCGCGUACCGCGGCGAACAAAUACGGUCAUAUCUGUAACUAGGGAAUCAGAUGGGAUCUUAAAAGUCUUUCCCAGCUUCCAGGAGGAUCGUCCUCCUCUAGUUUAGAUUUGCCUCUGACCCUUCUCCAACGCUUCUUCUGCUGCUGGUUUCCCCCAAACUGUUUGCAGCUCGUGUUCGCUCUUGCGUCGGUUUUCUCUGUAAUGCUUCAUCGCAGGACGAGAUCACGCGGCAGCUGCAUCGCAAUUUCCGUGCGUCGCUGCCUUUUUAGCGAGAAGCCUUCAGCUCCAAACUCUUUGAGCAGAAACCAGGUCACCCUCAGCACUCCUCUUCCCACUUUAUUCAUGUUUCAGUUUUUUUUUUUUUUUUUUUUUAGUUAAUUGGGAUGCCUGACUGACUGACUCCGCAUCCCUCAGUCUUCAACAUAGCUGCACACGUCUGUGUUGGGGGGGGGAGGGAGGGAGGGAGGGGUCCGAUUGUGGUUGAAACAUGUCCGGAAGACUCUUGAAAUGUAUCAUUGUUCGAUGUUGAAUGCCUUUGCACAUUAUCAUCAUCAUCAUCAUCAUCAUCAUCAUCUCCUGUUUGACUGGCUGAGUUACAACCGUCUUGUACUGACUGCUGAAACAACAGAAUCACACAACACACACGACACACACACAGGGGCCAGUAGAAACGCUUGACCCUUCAAUCAUGAUCGCCCAAGUUUUAGACUAGAGCCAUAUAUAUGAACCUAUAUUUUCAUGCUAUAUUUUAUAUUAAGCUAUAUGUUAGGGUUAUGUUUGUGAUAUAUUUAUGUCUAUUUGUUUGCCUAAAUGGGCUUCAGGCUAUGAGAUCCGUUCACCGAAUCUCCGGUCAGCUCUUAAGUCUCGACACCUGAUGCACUCGUCGGCGCGGUCGCGCUGUGGUACUUAUCCUCCUACGUAGUCACAUCGUACUUCAAUCCUCAAGAGGCGAAGAGGGAGAACAGCUGACUCUUAACAGUGUGGUCUUAGUUGCACUAUUUUCAAACACCAGCUGGGCAAAGUAGGAUCUGCAUUUACGUGCCGCGCUCUCCCAAAGGUCUUAGUCGAAGUGCAUCAGGUGCAGGACGCGAGAUUCGGGAUUGGGGGAAAAUGCCUGAAGCGCACUACGGCUUAACACUACAGUCAUCUCAAAGCGGCGGGACGAGGGUCUAAAAAAAAAAAAAAAAAAAAAAAAAAUGCACACGGCCUCGUCCCCUCCCUCAGAGUUAGCGGACACUACGUAGGGUGCCUCUAGUGCGAAUGUUAAAUACUUCCGUCAGCUCGCGUCGCACCCGACAGACUUUAUACGCAGCGUUAUGUCCUGAAUCUAGCACACACACUUUCCAACGUCAGACACACGCCACAAACCAGUCGGACCAAGCCAUGCACAAGUACACACACACACACACCAACACACUAAACCUGCAGUCAGAAUUACACACAAACACAAUUCUCAGCCGUGGCAGUGCACCGUGGCCUGUACUGUCGCUGUCCCUGUGUUUCUUCACAGCUCUACACUUUGGGAGAUGGGUGACGGGAGAGAUAUCUUUUAAAAGAAGACGAUUAAAAACUGUAUAAAGUAGAGAAAAACAAUGACUUAAAGAGGUCAAUCGUAAUGGAAACUCAUAAGCUGUACAUUUGUAAUAAAAUAAAACAAUUUAAUUGUC